CCGCUUUAACGUCCGAACUCUUCCCGCACCAGACUCCCGACUACUAACAGACCCCGCAUGGAACGCCUCCUCCUCCUCCUCCUCCUCCUCUCUUCUCCUCCUUCCUCUCGAUCCUCCUCCUUGAAACCAUCGAAACCCUAGCCAUGGAGCGAGGCUUCCGCGGUGUGAGGGCGGACCUCUCCGAGCUCGCGCGCCACCUUCUCGACAUCGCCUGCUUGCUCUCCCCGCUCGUCCUCGCCCCCACCCACGCCGACUCCCCCCCGCCCUCCCGCCGCCCCCCGUCCCGCGCGCUCGGAGGAAUCCUUUCUGAUAUCGCCGAGAUCAGAGGGGGACUCCGGAGCGGCCUGUCGCGGCUCUCGACGGCGGCGGCGGCGGCCGCCUUCAGUAACCCCCUGCCGCCGCCAGAAUCGAGGGCCGGCGGGGUAGCCGAGGAGGUCCUGGAGUUUAUCGUGCAUCUCGUGGAGGGUCCCGAGUCGUGGCUGGAGUUUCCGGUGCCCGUGGAUGAUGAUUUUUAUAUGUCUCAUUCUCAAAGAGAGCAUAUAGCUACUGUUGAACGCUUGGUUCCAAGUUUAACAGCUCUUAGGAUCAGCCUUUGUCCAACUCAUAUGAGUGAGGAAUGUUUUUGGAAGAUAUACUUUGCACUGUUGCAUCCAAGGCUGAAUAAGUAUGACACGGAGCACUUAUUGACCCAGCAGAUUGUGGACUCAAUGCGUAUAAAAGUGGAGGAGAUGCAGCAUAGUGUGGAUACUCAGUCCCUGAGCUUUGGGACAGAGAGCUUUCCUUUAAUAAUGAGUGGAGGUAACAAGCAACUAGAGGAUGAUCAAGCUCAAGAGGCCUCAGCAAUCACCAAGACUACAUCUCAGCAAAGCAUUUGUCAGUGGUCUGAGGUACCUGGCGACGUUGGCAAUGCCACUUAUAGUGGAAAACAGUCCAGAAAGGAAGAUUUCUCAUUUAGGGAGACAGGUGAUGGUAAUGUUGUUCUGAUGGAGAGAUACAUGGAUCAGCUCUUAGCUGAAGGAGGCCAAGUCCAUUCUCCUCCUUCCUCCUACAAGUGGGAUCAAUUGAGAAAACCUAGUCCAGGGGAUGAUUAUGACAAGGCAGUCCAUGGCACGCCCCAAAUUCGAAUAUUGUUUGAUGAGGAAUCAAGUGAUUGGCAUGCUGUUGAUGAUUUUGACUUUGAAGUGGUUGGGAGGCCUUCCAUUGGCAAAAUCAUGUAAUUUUUUUUUUAAAAUCAUCAUAUGCCAGUCUUUUAUGUUUUGCUUAAUCUCUAAAUCAAGCAAUUUGAACCAUGCAAGUCAUGCUCACAAGCUCUCAUAAGGUCAUUGUGUCCUUUUAAGUGCUUUUACAAUUUAAAAUCAAACUGUGAUGCAACUAAAAUAUCACAAGGGCUUAUAUCCAUUUGGCAUCAACCAUGUUUUUAUGGUAA